UAAUUUUUUUUUAACAAUUGGUUCUCGAUCAUUCACACGACUGAUUUCAUUCAUUAUUUCAUUAACUGCGUAUAAUUUCUGACCGAAAAAGAAUGGUAUUCAUAUUAUCGUUAGUUUACCAGUUUUACUUCUAUUGCUCACUUUCUCGAUGUACAAAUAUGAAGUAGCACUGUUACUUACGCAUGUGUAGAUUGUACGAGUAUAAUUAAUUGGCUGAAUUUAUAACUACCCAGCCGUGAGUGCAUUUCUCUCAGCUCUUGCUGUGCGCUUUAAUGAGCACGACGUACGAUAACUAUAUUGAACAUUGCGAUUGUUUUUUUUUUUUUUCAUAUUUUGGCCGAUACUGUCUAUUUGUGACUUUUGUGUAUUUGUUGGGCCAACAAUGAAAUAUAACUUAUGCGCAACUUUCACUGAUAAAUGUAGAACUCGCCAAAUAAUUUUAGACUCCUAAAAACCAUUACAACUUUCCACACAUGAUGCUAUUAAUGAACAGUGGCAGCAAUAAAAGGCAAGCUAACCCAUUGAAUUCAGUUCAAUUUUACGCUACAAUGAGAACAGUCACUUCGGAAGCAAGCCUCCUGCUGGUGAUUAUCGCGGUUUUAUCAAACUGUGUGAUAUGUACGUUCGGCGCAAGUGAUUCGCUCUACAAGUUUCAAUGCAUUAAAGGCAAGUGCAUCAGAAAGCAUCGUGGGAGUUUAACCGAAAAUGAGAAAUAUUUCGAUACCAUAAACGAAUGUAUGUUACUUUGUGAUCAGUAUGGAUCAUUGUGGCCAAUACCUACUGGACCACUGCGACUGGAACGAGAAACAAAAGAAAUUGUUCCAGCGAAUAUAGUUUUCGAUUAUUCCAAUAGUCCCAACGAUGCCGAAGUAAGAUCAUACUUGAAUCACACGCAACGAAUUUUUGUGAAAACACUGUUGGAGGAAUGUGAACGCAAUUGUAGUCACAAUGCACCAACAAACGUCUUCGUCUCUGUCAAGGUUCGUAUUGGCGAGACUUCUCUUUCGUGGACGACAAACGAGUCUUAUGAAUUGCACAUAGGAACUUAUGAAGAUAAUGUAGAGGUUAUCGUAAUCGCGCAGACUAUUUUCGGUGCACGUCAUGCCUUGGAAACUUUAAGCCAACUAGUAACACCAAAAUCUUAUUCCGAUGGGAAUUGUUUGCUAAUAAUAUCUGCGGCACACAUAAGUGACGCGCCUGUUUAUUCACAUCGUGGAUUUUUACUGGACACCGCCAGGAACUUCAUACCAAUGAACGCCAUCAAAAGACAAAUUGAUGGCAUGGCUUCAGUAAAACUGAAUGUUCUACACUGGCAUGUUACAGAUUCUCAAAGUUUCCCACUGGAAUUAGUUAGCUUACCACUGGUAACGACGUAUGGAGCAUAUUCAGAUAAAGAAGUUUACAGUCAACAAGAUGUCCGUGAAAUUGUAAGCUAUGCCAAACAUCGUGGAGUGCGAGUGAUAUUGGAAUUCGAUGCUCCUGCUCAUGCCGGAAACGGUUGGCAAUGGGCUCCCUCGGCCGGUUUAGGAAAUUUAUCGGUUUGUAUAAAUGAACAACCAUGGCGAAAACUUUGCAUUGAACCUCCAUGUGGCCAACUGAACCCAGCAAAUCCAAACCUUUAUACGGUACUACAAAAAGUAUACAGCGAGUUUGCUAAUCUAAUUCCACCAGGAGAAAUACUGCACAUGGGUGGUGAUGAAGUGUUUUUCGGUUGCUGGAAUGCUACUCAGGAAAUUGUUGACCACUUGGGAAAAAAUGGCAAAGGUCGAGAAACGAAAGAUUUUCUGGAUUUAUGGGCAGAAUUUCAAAACAAUGUUCUGCAACUGUGGGAUCGGACUCGUCCAAAUGAAAUCCACUCACCCACUGUUUUAUGGUCCAGCCAUUUAACCGAUCCAAACGUAAUUGAACAGUAUUUAUCGAACGAUCGGUAUAUCAUACAAACAUGGGUAGAAGGCAACCAGGAUUUACCUAAGCAGCUGCUGCAGAAAGGUUAUCGAUUGAUAAUUUCAACUAAAAAUGCUUGGUACUUUGAUCAUGGGUUCUGGGGUAUCACGAGUUACUAUAAUUGGAAAAAAGUCUACAAUAAUAGAAUCCUAAACAAUACCUUAGUCCUGGGGGGAGAAGCUUGUGUUUGGACAGAAUUCAUAGACGAGUAUUCAUUAGAUUCUCGCACCUGGCCACGAUUGGCAGCAGUCGGAGAGCGCUUGUGGACAAAUCCAACGAUCGAUGCAUCCAAGGUGGAAGGGCGAUUCAAUCGCCAACGUCGCCGUCUCAUAACGCGUGGUUUGAGUCCCGAAGCAGUAACGCCUAAUUGGUGUGAGCAAAAUGAAGGAGAAUGCCAGUAAAAAUCAAACUAGAUUUAGCCGCAAAACUUUCGAACAUCAUCGGUCCAAUAAGAAUAUUGACGCAAUGACCGAACAUUGAGAAACGCAAAAGUUUGCGUUCCGUGACAGGCCGAACUGUCAUUUUGGUGUUAUUUUUAUUUAUCUUCAUGAUUUUCAUAUAGAAAUAGAUUGUAUUUUCAGUUUGUUUGAAUUACUUUCGGAAAUUCUUUUUUGUAAAUAAUCACGGUCUAAGCUUCUAAAUGUAAAACAAGAAAACGUAGGCUAGGAUGAAAAUCGUCAAAUACACGGCGACCGUUUGUUAACUUGAACAGGUUUUCCUGAUUGUAAUUGAAAUUCCUUGAGUGCUUAAUCUUUA